AUGACACAUUUGGUGGAAAAUGGUGUCAUUAGCGAUGGCAGUUGGCAGAUUUCUGUUAUGGUUACUGACUUGAAUAUUCAGCGCAAUUUGUAUGUCACUGGUUCUUUGCAUAUCGGUGGAUUAAUGCUUAGAUUGGUGGAUGAAAUAGAUGUCAGUAAAGACUGGAGUGACCAUGCUUUAUGGUGGCCUGAAAAAAGACGCUGGCUUACUCAUACACGCAGUACUUUGGAUCAAAUCGGUGUGACUGCUAACUCUAAUUUGGAAUUCACUCCUCAGCAUAAACUCGCUAUAGUGCAGCUGCCAGAUUUACAAAUGAUUGAUGCGCGCCUGGAUUUUUCCGUAAAUGUUGUCCGCGCUACGCAGCAGUUCUGCCGAGAAAUAGGCAUAAGAUAUUCUGAGGAAUUGUCAUUGAAGCGGUUCAUACCGCCAGAACUUUUGAGGAAAGGCCUUGGAUUCGAACUAGAUCAGGGUGGUCCGCAGCAACUACCAUAUUUAGAGGAAUCAGUCGGUCCAGGUACUCUUCGACGACAGAAGCCAAUUAGUGCAUCUGCUUCAAAUUUAGCUCGACCACUUCGUCGUGGUACUAGUCCAGCAAUGUCAACUAGUGGUCAGAUAUUCAAUGCAAGCGAACUUGGAACACUUCCACGUGCAGGAACAGUUGCACGUGGCGUCAGUCCUGGUCCCGGUGCAUACAGUGGUUCAAUCGGUCGCAGUCCUAUCAUGCCAUCUGUCUCGUUUUGUGAAGGGCUAGAAAAUGAACAGUAUGAUGUAGCUCUCGUGCAUUCACCGCGAAUUGUUCCUAACAAAGAGAUGAGUGUUUUUAGGCCACAAAAUUACGCAGAAAAGGCAGCCCUCAAUCGAGGCUGGCUCGAUUCUUCAAGAUCAUUAAUGGAACAAGGAAUAUGUGAAGGGGAUGUUAUACUGCUACGAUUCAAAUACAUGUCAUUUUUCGAUAUCAAUCCCAAAUACGAUCCGGUACGUAUUAAUCAGCUAUACGAACAGGCGAAAUGGUCAAUUCUUCUGGAAGAAUUUGAUCAUACUGAAGAGGAAGCUAUGCUUUUUGCCGCAUUGCAGUUACAAGCCACUCUUCAACGUGACUUACCAGAACCUGAAGCUCCUGAAAAAGAUGAUGUAGAUUUGCUAUUAGAUGAACUUGAACAAAACUUGGAUGCUGCAGCUUUCAACCGUAAGGCAGACCUUACACAAGUGCCUGAACUAGCAGACUAUCUCAGAUAUAUGAAAUCGAAAAAAAUAGCAUUCAAAGGUUUCAAACGAGCUUAUUUUUCAUUUCGAGAUUUGCAUCUCAGUUGGCACCAAGAUUCAAAUGACAUCCAUGGCCCACCAGUGGGCCAUUUCAGUCUUAAAGGAUGUGAAGUAACACCAGAUGUUUCUUUGGCUCAGUCAAAAUUCCAAAUAAAGUUGCUCAUACCUAGUAGUGAAGGAAUGAGCGAAAUGAUUUUGAAAUGUGACACAGAGCAUCAAUAUGCUCGUUGGAUGGCAGCUUGUCGUCUUGCUUCGCGUGGAAAAACUAUGGCUGAUGCAAGCUAUAACUUGGAAGUUGACUCUAUUAAAAAACUAUUGCAAAUGCAAUCUGGAGGAGUGCAAAAUAAUGCAGCGAAAAACUACCCAUCUGUAGAGCUCCCUCCAGACUUCAAUGUCGACGAAUUUGUUUCUCAAAGAUAUGCUCGCAGAGCUCGUUCAAAGCAGGCUCUUCAACAAAGAAUUGCGGAAGCGCAUUCAAAUCUUCGCAACCUAUCAAGUACUGAAGCGAAGUUGCAGUACAUAAGAGCAUGGGAAGCACUACCGGAGCAUGGCACCCAUUAUUUUAUAGUUCGCUUCAGAAGUAGUCGUAAAUCCGAAUUGAUGGGCAUUGCUUUCAACAGAAUAAUGCGAAUGAACGUAGAUACAGGGGAAAGUUUAAAAACAUGGAGAUUUUCAACGAUGAAAAAGUGGCAUGUUAAUUGGGAAAUCCGACAUUUAAAAAUACAAUUCGAGGAUGAAGAUGUCGAAUUUAAGCCACUUUCUGCUGAUUGCAAGGUUGCCCAUGAAUUCAUUGGUGGUUACAUAUUUUUGUCGCUACGGAACAAAGAACAAAAUCAGAAUUUGAAUGAAGAUCUUUUCCACAAAUUGACCGGUGGAUGGGCUUAA